AUGCGCUUCGUUCAAGUCUCUAUAUCGACGUUUCUUUGCGCGGCAUUGGUCCGAGCUCUGCCCGAAAGGCCAAGCCAGGCGAACAAGCCGUCAUGCCGCUUUGCAUCUGAGUAUACCCAGGAGCAAAUACUUCGCGACCCUACUGAUUUCAUGAAUGAUCUGUUGUAUUGGGAGGGGAAAUUCCACCAGAACAAUGUCUCCUACAACUCAGAAAACGGCAUGUCUUACGAUGGAACUAACAUCGAUUGGGUUACCGGAGAGAGAACCUUGAAGCAUCCAUUCAGCGCCGCCAGCAAAGAGUCGCUUCAAAUCAUGUUGUAUGCCCAUGCGAUGGCCGGGUCCUCGCUGGCUGCUCGCUUUCUUUCUCCGGAUCAACCAAGCGCAGCUCCCCGGAUUGCCGCUUCUAUCAUGGAGACUAAGUUGGAGACUUAUCUGCAAUUCAACGAGACAUACCCAGGCUUUGGUGGCUUUUUGCCUUGGUUCACCUCAAGUACGCAAGAAAUCACACCCACAUGGGACUGGGUAAAUCGCGUUCCUGCUCUUGACAAUAGUGAACUUCUGUGGGCCGUCUACGGGUUUAUUCAGGCUCUUGAGAGCACCGGAGACAAGUCAUAUGCCAGCCUUGCUCAAAAGUGGCAAAUUUGGAUGGACUAUACCAAGACCACUGCUGCCAAGAUAUUUUACCAAGGCAAUGGUCGGGUUUGCGCUGUAAUUGAUCUCAAAGAUCAAUCUCUACCCAUUGAUCACCCUGAUCAGUCCUACACAUGCGAGGGCGACGGUCUACUCAAUGACCCUUACGAGGGUGAACUGUUUACAUUCUGGCUCCAAUUCUUCGGUGGCCUAUCGGAUUCUGAUAAGGAAGCACUCUGGAACGUCAAGCGACCUCAGCUAGUCAGCGUGGACUACCACAUGGGCGAUUUUGGGCCUAUCACUGUCCAGAAAGGAUAUUGGUUCUCCAGCCACGAGACCUGGAAGGUCAUGGAAAUGCCAUACUACGAUAUUGAUAUUGUUAGACGAGUAUACGAAAAUGCAGAACGUGUUCGGACCUGCAAUUCGGUCGUCACCAGAGUACCCGGCAUGUUCGCAUCAGUCAAUAACAUCACUGACCCCUCGACUGGAGAUGUUAUCGGAUAUAUAUCGAACGCUGGUAUCCCAUCAAUCGCCAACCAGACUGUCCAGGAACUUGAUGUCAUUACUCCGUAUAGUGUUUUCCCGACCAUCUUGUUUGACAAGUCAGUUGGUCUGGCCUGGUGGAGAAAUAUGAUUCUUGCAAAGAAAAUGCAGAACAUUUAUGGAAGUACCGAAUCUGUGCGUGUCGACGGCACAGGAGUUUCCGCACUGGUGACUUGGGAUAGCAAGAUUACUACGGUCAAUGCUUUGCUUGGGGGCGUGUCUGAUUUUGUCCGUCAAAAGAUGAAAGCGGAAAAUAUCUAUGACGAGUUCGUCAGUCGCAUAAGUACCGAAUACUCGCGUGUGUUCAAGAACAUUAAGGGAGAAAAUGUUCAGUUCUGUCUACCAAAGGAAGAAGUCCCUGAUGCGGGGCUGAAAGAUUUUACUCUUUGCCAAUAG